CCUUGGCACGAUUCCACGCCCUAGAUGUCACCCGUGCCAUCGUCCGAUUCUAUAGCACCUCUCGUCGGUACUAUACUCCCACCUCCACCUUCUGCCCUUUCGGCCUUGAGAAACUUUCUCCCACCAAGUCAACCGGUCACUCCGGGAAAUCAAUUACCAACCAGCAUUCCACUCCCCGUUUUGCCCGCUGUGGAGGCUGCGAAGAGAUUGGCAGGGUAUGCUGCCGUCGAUAGACAUGUGGGGUUGGAUCAAAAGUUCAUCGGUAUAGGCUCGGGAUCAACCGUACCAUACGUAGUUGAUCGCAUCGUCGCCCAAGGGAAAGCUGCCAAUAGGGAUAGAGUCUUUAUCCCCACCGGUUUUCAAUCUAAAGAACUCAUCAUCAAAGCCGGUCUCACGCUAGGUGACGUCGAUCAGUAUCCCGAUUUGGACGUGACUAUCGAUGGAGCGGACGAGGUCGAUGAUGAACUCAACGCUAUCAAAGGUGGAGGAGCGUGUCAAUUGAGAGAAAAGGUUUUGGCCGAGGCGGCAAAAGUUUGGAUCAUGGUGGCGGAUUACAGGAAGAAUUCGAAAGUACUCGGGACCACUUGGACUCAAGGAAUCCCCAUUGAAGUCGCGCCUUUCGCCUACGCCAAGGUACUCACCAACCUCGCUCAUAUGGGUUCUCCUUCCGUUCUACCCAAUGGUAAACCUGGGUUGUCUCUACGAAUGGGUAAGAUGAAAGCUGGACCCGUAGUCAGCGAUAAUGGGAACUUCAUUAUCGAUGCACCCUUCCCACCUGAGAUGAUGAAGAAUGCACUGGAGCUACUCCAUCGGAUCAAGAUGCUCACUGGUGUGGUGGAAGUGGGACUUUUCUGUCAUAUGGCUAAAGCUGCGUACUUUGGCAAUGAGGAUGGAUCGGUGUCCAUACGUACGGCCGACGGUGCUGUCGAGAAACUCGCUUCUGUACCCGACACACCCGAAUUGGCAAUCCCAACCGUCCCCGCUCCAUUAUCUUCAUGAACAAGUCGAGUGUAUUAUGAAAUCUUGUC